UAAACGCUAGCUUACAAUUGGAAUGGAAACACAUUUGCCUUGUCAGCAGCUGUGCUUGACUGCUGUGUUUUAACAAGCGGUCGUUAUGUUAGCUCUGAGAAAUGUUCACCUGCAUGAAAGAAGAAGAAGGCACCAAAGUUUGUGUGCGAGGGUAAGAGGGAGACCACACCAAGCAGAUGCUGUGCAGCACUGAGCUGGUUGUGAGGCUAAGCUGCAUCAGCUGAGUGGCUGUGACUCACCAACGCUGCCGCUCCAUGUGUGGCCUCAGAGAAAACACCAGUAACUUCUUGGUGGAUGUGAGGAGGAGCCCAUCACACCAACUCUGGGCCACAACAGGACCACAGACCACGGCUUUCUCCUCGCUGCUCUCUUCUCCUACUCUAUGCGGCUCAAGGUCAAGGCAGGACGAUUCAGCUUGGAUCCGGGGACGGCUGAGGCAGGUGGACCUAACUUUCUUGGUUGUCUGCUGACAGUAUGGAGGACUAGAGGACUCUGAGGAGGAUGUGAGGUCUGGGCCGCUUUCAGAACGUCUCAGGACGCUGUCACGGUGUUCUCGGAACCUGGACGAGUCCAGGGGGAAUGGGCCCAUCCGCACUCCAGGAGGGAGAGACCAAGGAGGAGAUGGAGAGCUACCAUGACCUGCUCCAGGCCAGCUCUCAGCUUGAGAACACACUGCAGCAGGUCGCUGUCCCUGUGAGCCUGAAGGAGGUGGGAGGCUACAUUGAGAAACAGGUGGCCUAUCUGUCAGGGGGCCGUGGGAAAGACUCCAGCGUUAUCAUCACCCUCCCUGAGUGCUCAGCCUUCAGUGACAUUCCAGAGGAAGCUUUAGCCAAAGUCUUCACGUACCUCACCCUCAUCCCUCGUGCAAGGCAACCUGGAGUCAAGUUUAUCAUCAUCUUAGACCGACGACUGGACACAUGGGCAUCAAUCAAAACAGCACUCGCCAGAAUAGCAGCUUCCUUUCCUGGGAACUUACACCUGGUCCUGGUGCUGCGUCCGACCAGCUUCUUUCAUCGAACGGUCACUGACAUCGGCUUUCGCUUCAGCCAGGAUGACUUCAUGCUAAAAAUGCCAGUGGUGAUGCUGAGCUCAGUCACAGACCUGCUGCACUACAUCAGUGAGAACCAGCUGACGUCAGAGUUUGGAGGAACUUUGGACUAUUGUCACAGUGACUGGAUAGUUCUGAGAACGGCUAUCGAAAGUUUUGCUGUCACAGUCAAAGACAUUGCACAGAUGCUUCAGGGUUUUGGCACGGAGCUGGCAGAGACAGAGGUGCCUGACAAAGGGAAAGCCAUAGAGUAUCUUCUGGAAAACCAAACUGCAAAGUACAGGAAACUCAAAGAAGCAAUCAGGUCAGUUUCAAAAGAAGGUCAUCGUCUUCUCUCCAGCCUGGAGACUUCAGAGAAAGAGGACGACUGCCACUGGGACGUGAAGCUGGACUGGGAGACAGUGCAGAGACUUCUCGCUCAGCUCAGAGACAUGGAGUCAGCAUUUGAUGGUUUCUUUGAGAAGCAUCAUCUGAAGCUUCACCAGUACCUGCAGCUACUGAAAUACGAGCAAAGUUUUCAGGAGAUGGAGUUGUGUCUGGGACAUCUGACAGCUCAGGAGAGAGAGUUCUCUGUGGCUGUAGAAACUCUGGCUCAGACUGAACAGGCUCUUAAAAAGCUGAACACGCUCGAGUCUAACGCACAGGAGGUGGUGUCCCGGGCUCAAAUCAUCAUCCUCCAUGGACACCAGCUGUCGGCCAAUCACCACUUUGCCGUGGCUCUCAUCAUGCAGCGCUGCAACGAGCUUCGCCAUCACUGUGAUACACUCAAUGCUGCUCUGAGGUCCAAACACACUCAUCUUAAGCACACACACCAGCUGCUCAUCUCCCUUGGUCAGGCUCAAACGUGGUGUGAUGAUGCAGCCUACCUGCUGGCCAAUCAGCUGGUAGAAAACUGUCAGUCUAGGCUGGGGGCCCAGGCUGCAUUAAAAGACAUUGAACAGUUCCUGGGGGGGGCGCCAUCCAUCCUGAGCACAGGGGCUGACAUCUUGAAGAUUGAAUAUGAGGCUGUGGUCACACCUAAUCUGCAGGCUCAGAUUGGUAAAACCUUUGAGAAAUAUGCAGCGGUGCAUCAGAUGAUUGAGAACCGACAGACUUCCCUGAGGAAACUGGCUGAUAAACAUGUGAGACCCAUCCAGCUGGUGACCCCCAGACCAGAAAACCCACCACACUCCAAGUCCCCUCUCUUCUCCCCCAAACAUGCUGAUGGUUUGAAGUUCACCUUUGACCUCUCGUUACCUGGGAAGAGAUCAUCACGUAAGACCCCCCACACAAGAAAAAUAGAGGUGAUCCAUGACUACCAGGAGAGUCCCGGCUGCGUCUCCUACAGUCUGGAGGGAGACGACAGUCCAGAUCUUCUGAAGCGUCAUGUGAUGAGGGAACUCAUAGAGACUGAGAGAAUCUACGUUGAAGAGCUGCUGUCAGUGCUACUGGGUUACCGGGCAGAGAUGGACAAUCCAGAACUUUCAGGGCUUCUGACCCCAAUCCUGCACAGCAAGCGAGACGUUCUCUUUGGAAACUUGCCCGAGAUUUACAAUUUUCACAGUAGGAUCUUCCUCCAGGACCUGGAAGGAUGCCUGGAGGCCCCUGAAGGUGUGGGAGCUUAUUUCCUAAAGCGGAAAGAGAGUUUUCAAAUGUACGAAUGCUACUGUCAGAAUAAACCACGCUCUGAUGCUCUGUGGAGACAGUUCUCUGACUGUGCCUUCUUUCAGGAAUGUCAAAAAAAGCUGGAGCACAAACUGGGUCUGGAUUCAUACCUGCUGAAACCAGUCCAACGCCUCACGAAAUACCAGCUGCUGUUAAAGGAGCUGCUCAAAUACAGUACCGACUCCGAGGGAACCUCUGAACUGCAGGAGGCGCUAACAGCCAUGCUGGACCUGCUCAAAUCUGUCAAUGAUUCCAUGCAUCAGAUCUCCAUCACAGGAUAUGAGGGAGACCUCUGUGAGCUGGGCCAUGUGCUGAUGCAGGGCUCCUUCAGUGUGUGGAUCAGCCAUAAGAAAGGCCCCACACGUAUGAAGGAGCUGGCUCGAUUCAAACCCAUGCAGAGACACCUCUUCCUUUAUGAGCGAGCUCUUCUGUUCUGCAAACGGAGGGAGGAGCACGGAGACGGCUGUGACAAAACCCCAUCCUACAGCUUCAAGCACUGUCUGAAGAUGACUGCUGUGGGAAUCACAGAGAAUGUCAAAGGAGAUGUGAAGAAGUUUGAGAUCUGGUACAGUGGCAGAGAGGAGGUGUAUAUAGUUCAGGCUCCCACCGUGGAAGUGAAGAUGGCCUGGCUCAAUGAGCUGCGCAGAAUCCUGACUAACCAACAGAAGCUGCUCAGAGAUGAAGCGUAUCAACAUGGUCAAAUGGUUGAACAUAUGCAGCUUUCCCCACCGAUCCCUGAGAGCAAACAGCAAAGGGCGUCAGUGAGCUCAGAAGAGACAGAGUCAGGGAGGAGCAGUCCAGACCCCCAGCCUCACUCCCCUAAACACCAGCACAACCGCAGGAGUUGGCCUGGAGCCAAUCAAUCAAGAGGAAACUGUGAGGGUCUGGAGGAGUGGUCUGGAGGUCCAGAUGUUUUUAACCCUUCUGACACAGAUGAUGGCGUUUUACUGGCAAUGUCUCCAGGCAGAUACAGGGCUUUGGCUGACAGUCUUCAAAACGGACCAGACAGCAUCACAAUCAAAUGUGGAGACAACAUUCAGCUGCAGUAUGAAGAGAAGGGACGCUGGCUUGUGAAAAACCUGAGUCGACGACAGGAGGGCUUCGUCGCAGCUGCCAGCCUGCGGCUGAUUGUUGGUCACAGUAGCCGAAGACACUUCUCCAGACUGGGGGAUCCAGGAAACCUGAAGGUGAGGAAACUCAGUUCCCCGUAGAGAAGGAAAAGCACAGAAUGUGAAUAAAAUAUUUCCUGCAGACACAGGAGGAUGAGACUGAGCCAUACCUGAUAUGUUAGUGAUGCACUAUCGUCUACACACACACACACACACACACACACACCCCCGUUUGUGCUGCAGAGUUGACCUGAAGUAGGAAUGUCUAGGCGUGUACAUAAGACUUGGUCGACGAUCUCAUUGGUCCGCUCUCUGACAUUUGUGGAGGUGUGGGGUGGGGUCGUCACACGAGUCCGUUCUCCUCUUUGGAUUCGUAGAGUUCCUCCUGUUUCAUCCAGAUCCAUUUUCUGAAUGUGAGUCUGCUGCUGCUGCGACAGUGGCUCCUUUUCCAAACUGUGGAUUUUUUUCUCCAACCUCUUUUACAAACCUAAACUUGAAGUUUCUCUACCUGAAUGUGUUCAUUUGUGUCACUGCUGGACUGAUGCUCUCCGAGGACUUGGCCUGAAACAUUUCAAACAGAGACUUUUCUACAGAACCAUGGUCAUUUUACAGCACUUAUUGUACUGUACGUCAGCGUUUCAUCUUGUAGUUGGUUAGUUGAUAUUUUUCAUUCGAACUCAGCCUCACUGUGUUUUUCUAAAGUUACAGAAAGUCAAAAACACCAAAAUGUGCCAUACCAUAAUGCCUUUCAUUUCCUGCUUUGUAUAUACUGUUAGCUAGUCAGAUCGUGUUGCUUUUACUUGAACUAAUAAUUAUUAUUAAGAUGCACUUUAAUAUAAGAGGAAGAAAAUAUAGGAACACACAGCCACUUUGUUUUGUUUUUCUGGUCUUAUAUAUGUAAACAUGUUAAGUUGGUACACUUGCUAAAGAAAUGUAUCUUUGUUAUAGAUCUAAACAUUUCUCCUUUGGUAAAAAAAAAAGG